UCUGCCAGGAAGGAGAAGCAGGAGAAGCAGGAGAAGAAGGAGAGGAAACAAAAGGAGAAGGAAGCAAAGGAGAAGGAGGAGAAGGAGAAGGAGAAGGAGAAGACGAAGGCCAAAGAGGAGCCGCCGAAGGAGAUCACCGUCAUCGACCCGGCAGGAAACACCUACUACUACUGGCUGUUUGUCAUCACCGUCCCCGUCAUGUACAACUGGACCCUGAUCAUCGCCAGGGCCUGCUUCGAGGAGCUGCAGACGGACUACGUGGUCUACUGGUUCAUCCUGGACUUCCUCUCUGACAUCAUCUACAUCGCCGACAUGAUCUUCAGAACGAGGACGGGGUACCUGGAGCAGGGUCUCCUGGUGAAGGAUGAGCAGAAGCUGCGUGAGCGCUACAUGAAAAGCUUCCAGUUCAAACUGGACCUGAUCUCCAUGAUUCCCACCGACGUGCUGUACUUGGUCCUCGGCCUGAAGUACCCCGAGAUCCGCCUCAACAAGCUCUUCAGGUUCAACAGGAUGCUCGAGUUCUUCCAGAGGACGGAGACCAGGACCAACUACCCCAACGCCCUCCGGAUCUCCAACCUCGUCAUGUACAUCGUCAUCAUCAUCCACUGGAACGCCUGCCUCUACUACUCCUUCUCCAAGGCCAUCGGCUUCGGCGCCGACAGGUUCGUGUAUCCCGACCCGUCAAAUCCCGAGUUUGGUCGUCUGGUGAGGAAGUACGCCUACAGCAUGUACUGGUCCACGCUGACCCUCACCACCAUCGGAGAAACCCCGCCCCCCGUGGAGAACUCAGAGUACUUCUUCGUCGUCACCGACUUCCUGGUUGGCGUGCUGAUCUUUGCCACCAUCGUCGGUAACGUCGGCUCAAUGAUCACCAACAUGAACGCCGCCAGAGCCGACUUCCAGGCUCGCAUCGACGCCAUCAAGCAGUACAUGAGCUUCAGGAAGGUAACUAAGGACCUGGAGAAGCGAGUGAUCAAGUGGUUUGACUUCCUGUGGACCAAUAAGAAAGCAGUGGAUGAGAGGGAGGUGCUGAAGUACCUGCCUGACAAGCUGAGAGCCGAGAUCGCCAUCAACGUCCACCUGGACACCCUGAAGAAGGUUCGCAUCUUCGCCGACUGCGAGGCCGGUCUGCUGGUGGAGCUGGUCCUGAAGCUGCAGCCUCAGGUCUACAGUCCAGGGGACUACAUCUGCAAGAAGGGGGACAUCGGCAGGGAGAUGUACAUCAUCAAGGAGGGGAAACUCGCCGUCGUGGCCGACGACGGAAUCAAGCAGUUUGUCGUCCUGAGCGACGGAAGCUACUUUGGCGAGAUCAGCAUCCUGGCCAUCAAAGGCAAAGCGACAUCAUUUCAGUCUGAUUCGCUGAGCUGUGCUGUCUUUGUUCUGCUCAUAAAGUUCUCUUCGACGUCCAGGUCUCCUUCUUCUCUGUCCGUGUGGGCAUCGCAGCACAUCUCGGCGUGCUGCUGCCACCUGUAGGUCAGGUGUGCAGUGGAAAACCACUGAUUUAGCUGCACGUGUGUCUUUUCCCGAAAGCAAAACGUUGUUAAGUUGAGUCUGUGACGUCUGACUCUCAGCAGAGCAAAGUGAUGGAAACGUAGGCAGGACGUGAGGUUGUUUCUCAUCCCUGACAGGCCGUCUCGCUCUUCAACAGGAAGUAAGGCAGGAAACAGGAGGACAGCCAACAUCAGGAGCAUCGGCUACUCCGACCUCUUCUGUCUCUCCAAAGACGACCUGAUGGAGGCGCUAACAGAGUAUCCUGAUGCUAAGGCCAUGUUGGAGGAGAAGGGAAGGCAGAUUCUGAUGAAGGACGGGCUGCUGGAC